AUGUCACAAUCACCUCCUCCACCUCCAUCGUGGAGCAUAAGCAGCAUGGCCAACAACGCAGUGCAGUUUCUUCGUUUGCCAGUACUGGCAUCCUCUGGCCUAGCUGUGGUCGCAAGUGGAGUCCUGUAUUUUAAGCAAAAUGAAGUGGUCUAUCCUCGCAAUGUCCCCGUUGAUGCGCGAACCAAUGUGCCGAGUCCCCGUCAAUUUGGCAUCACCAAUUUCGAAGAACUUCAAAUCCCGACACCCGAUGGAGAAUCCCUUCAUGCUCUAUUCCUGCGACAGUCCGAGGGGCGCUUCAAGCGCAAUCUUACGGUGAUGAUGUUUCAUGGAAAUGCAGGAAAUAUUGGCCACCGUGUCCCCAUCGCCAAAGCAAUCCAGGAUACGCUGCAGUGCAAUGUCUUUAUGCUUGAAUACCGGGGAUACGGAAAGUCCACUGGCACACCGGACGAAGUGGGCCUGAAGAUUGAUGCUCAGACUGGCUUGGACUACUUGCGACAGCGCCCGGAAACGAGAGACACAAAGCUGGUCAUCUAUGGACAGAGCUUGGGUGGCUCUGUUGCCAUCAACCUCGUCGCUACCAACCAAGACCAGGGUGAUAUUGCAGGGCUAAUUUUGGAGAACACUUUCCUCAGUAUCCGAAAGCUAAUUCCCUCUAUUAUGCCUCCAGCGCGGUACCUUGCACGCUUCUGUCACCAGACCUGGCAAAGUGAGGACUGGCUGCCUAAGAUUGCCAAGAUUCCAAUUCUUUUCAUGAGUGGACUUAAAGAUGAACUUGUGCCGCCUUCCCAUAUGACUGGAUUAUUCGCACUCUGCAAGUCAGAGACCAAGGUCUGGCGCACUUUGCCAAACGGAGCUCACAAUGACUCGGUGGCCGAGCCGGGCUACUUUGAGCACAUCCAUGACUUCAUUACCGAAGAAGUUAUGGAAAAGUAA